GCUCACAUGCGGAAGAACUUUUAUAGUGCAGUGAGUGCAAGGAUUCAAACCAUGGCCAAGGACAACCUCAUACUAACCUUUUGCAAGCUCGGUGCAUUACUAGGAAUAUCUGUAUUCCGCAAAGUUUACAAUGAACUGAUAUUCUUAACCAAUGGUGAUUUAUCCCAUUCAAAGUACUUUAUAAACACUAUAUCAACUUUUUUUUCAUGGAGGUUUUUCAUUAAUUUUGGCUUAUUAAAUUUCUUGCUGAUUUGUGUCUUGCUAAUACCCAAAUUUUUAAGAUGGUUAGCAUUUGGUACUUUAAAUGAUUAUGAAAUUAAAAGCAUCAAAGAAAAAUUCAACUAUACGUUAUUUGAAUUCAUAAUGGGGUUGAUAUUACUUAAGCAUAUUGAAUCAGAAUCUUUAACAAUCAAGGGUUUUGCUAAAUAUGCUUCAAUCUCAAUCUGUGUGGUGUUAUUGAAAAGUUUCCAUUAUUUAUCAGCAAUUAGAGUAAAGACAUUUAUCAAUAAUAAUAAUAGUCAUGGUCAUGGAAGUGGUACUUUAUUCAAAAAGCAAAGCAUAAAACUAAUAUUAGGGAUGUUGAUGUUAACAUUGAUUGAUUCCCUAUUAAUUUACAAAUUUUCAAAUGAAUAUAAUUUUAACACGUUAUCAAUAAUUUUCGGUUAUGAACUUUUAAACCUUUUCCCUUUGAUUCUAUUGAAUUUAUUCAACUUCACAACUUCUAUUGUUUGCUUAGGAUCUAAGAAAUCAAUAAUAAAAUCCAAAAUAAUAUUGGAUUUUUUAGUCAAUUUAGCAAGAUUUUCAUUAUUUGUUAUUUAUUCAUGGUAUUUCAACUUAUAUUUCACUUUCCCUGUUCAUAUAAUUCCCUCAAGCUAUAAAUGUUUUAGACUACUUUUAACUAAAACCAAAAAAUUGAUUGCUUAUAAAAGAAAUAGUCUAAGGUUUAAAUUAUACAGUCAGUCUUUACAAAAAGUGAAAUUAGAUGAAAUUGAAUUGAUAGCUGAUCGUUGUUUCUGUUUGGAAGAUUUGAGGUACGAGGGUAAUGAUGCUGAUUUAAGGAUGUUGUGUUGUAAACAUGUUUUCCAUUAUGAAUGUUUGAAAUGGUGGUUGAUAAAGUCUAGAACAUGUCCAAUAUGUAGAGAACAUGUUCAUUUGCAUAAACAAAAAGUUGCAUAGGGGGAAGAAGAAAGGUAAAGUUUAGUAUAAACUUAGUUGAGGGUUUGGUGUUGCUCUACAGUUGCAUACAAUGAUACAAGUGAUUGGGUAGGAUCUGGAGAGGUUUUUUAAUGAUUGGUUUAUUUAUGAAUAUUGGAGUUUUUUGGGGGUAAAUCUAGGUGCUUUA